GAUUGACAACGUGUAAACGAAACUAAGUCAAUUAUUACUCAUUUACGUUAGAUAUUUUGUCAUAAUAUAUAGAUUACUUCUUCUCGAAACAAUGCCCUAUUCACAAUCGAAUUUGCGAUGUUAUUGAAGUGAUAUCAAGGUUUGUUCUGCAAAGAUUUUGUUAUGGGACUAAACUCGACAUGAUUAUCCAGAGAUGAUCUAUUAAGAGUUGGCUGACAAGUUAAACAAUGGCAGACACAAGUAGAUUUUCUCCACCCACAUCACCAACGUCUUCGAUUGGAUCAUCAUUUAGCCAGGAUAAUGAUGGAAACAGAUCAAGGCUUUCUAGACAGGAUUCAAAAAAUGAAAGUAGGCUUACAGCCUCAGCAAAGAGACAAAAAUAUCUUAAACGCUUGUUUAAAUUUCGUCAGAUGGACUUUGAAUAUGCAUUCUGGCAAAUGGUCUACUUGUUUGUAUCCCCACAAAAAGUGUAUAGAAACUUUCAGUAUAGAAAACACACCAAAGAUCAGUGGGCCAGAGACGAUCCAGCAUUCCUGGUACUGUUGAGUUUUUGGUUGGUUGCAUCAUCCAUAGGAUUUGCACUGGUACUAGGACUGACCUUUGUGGGAUUCAUCAAGUUUAUACUGUGGGUUGUGUUUGUGGACUGUGUCGGAGUGGGUCUGCUUAUAGCAACAUUAUUCUGGUUUAUCACCAAUAAGUAUAUGAUUCUUGCCCCUCCCCGGGGACAAGAUGUGGAGUGGGCAUAUGCAUUUGAUGUCCAUCUUAAUGCUUUCUUUCCUCUUCUAAUGAUACUUCACCUGUUCCAGCUGAUAUUCCUUGUCCCUUUAAUUUACCAGGACCAUUUUAUAGGAUUACUAAUUGGGAACACAUUCUGGCUGGUGGCCAUUUUUUAUUACGUCUACAUCACAUUUUUAGGCUACAGUGCCCUCCCGUUUUUGAGAAACACACGGACAUUGUUAUUCCCCCUGACAGGGGUAGUGCUAUUGUACAUUCUCUCACUUGUGAUUGGUUGGAACUUCAGUAGAGGCCUUUGUAACUUCUAUCACUACCGGGUCAAUUAGGCAGCACAACGCC